AUGGAGCUAAAAGACGCCGCUCGUCUCUGCAGACAGUUCCACCUUCUAGGAUUUGUUCAAGAGAGAAGGGUUGAGAAAAUGAGUCGUGGAAGUGCAGCCGUUGCCAAGGGAAAGAAGAAGGGAGUUUCCUUCACCAUUGAUUGCUCCAAGCCUGUGGAUGACAAGAUCAUGGAGAUUGCUUCCCUCGAGAAGUUCCUUCAGGAGAGGAUCAAAGUAGGUGGCAAAGCCGGUGCUCUCGGUGAUUCUGUUACAAUCACCCGUGACAAGAACAAGAUCACUGUCACUUCUGCUGGUCAAUUCUCCAAGAGGUAUCUCAAGUACUUGACAAAGAAGUACUUGAAGAAGCACAAUGUGAGGGAUUGGCUCAGAGUGAUUGCUGCUAACAAAGACCGUAACCUCUACGAGUUGAGGUACUUCAACAUCGCUGAGAACGAAGGAGAGGAAGAAGACUAA